GUUGGACGUCGACGUCCAAGGCAAACUGCGAGUACUGCACUCCGGCAGACAAGUGCGAGACUGGUGCCAAGAGGCACGAGGAGACCUGCGUCCGCACUGGAGAUCUGAACAACUGGGAGGAGCUAGACACCUGGGACGACGAGAAAGUGUGGAAGGCCUGGGACAACAAGGUGCAGAGAUUACCGCAGGACGGUCUGCGGCCUUUUGGCGAUCAGCUGGCCGAGAUGUGCGUCACCGUGAAGGUAACGGUCCCGGCGCUCACGCUGAGUGACAAGAGCUCCCGGGUCUUGGAGACCAAGAUCAACACCACGCUGGAGGUCAUCGCCAAUGCCACCGAGAAGGCAACUGCUUCAGCAGAGGCUUCCGCAGAGGCAAAGCGCCAGGCGACCGUGGAGGUGCAAGCCGAAGCGAGUGCUACGCAGAAAGCCUCAGCGACUGCAGAGGCAACCUACACUGCAUAUGCAGAGGCGCAAGACACGGCCACCGCCAGCUACAAGGCCGUCGCGAAGGCCAAUGCGCAGAAGAAGGUGAAGGAGGAUGGCAACAAAGCGAAGAUCGUGAUUGAAGCCACUGCAGAUGCCCAGAAGAAGAGUAAGGCCAGCGCGAAGGAGGUGGCCAGUGCCACCAGGACCGUGACCGCUCAGGGUGAAGGAG